UUUAGAUAUAAUACUUGGUAAUCAGUGUUUACCAAACAUUCAAAGUAUUUAUAAAGUUUAUUGUGUACAGCUACUUAAUAAUAUUUUUCUGCUUUUCUGUAUAAUUUGUAUGGGAAACACCAAAAUGAAAGUAAGAUGAAAACGAGGCUUGGCUUCAUGUUGCCAUGGGCCAGAUCCUAGUGACAAGUUGGCGGGUUGUUUUUCAGAUAAUUCCCAAUUAAGUGAAAUAAAAGAGGAUUAUGUAGCAGUAUUUAUUGUAAAUUGUCUGGGUUAAAUCAAAAUAAAAAGAAAUGGCUGAGAAAAAGUUCAAAGGUUCUCCAUUUGGAACACAAACUGCCAGGUUUGAUGUGUCAGGUGUACAUCCAAAAGUUAAAGUGCCUGGAACAUUUACAGAAAUACCAUAUGACAAAAAAUCUAUUGAAGAGCUUAAUCGUCGCAUGGGUCCUGGCUCAUACCAUGUUGACGUAGGUGGAUUCAAUAGAAAAACAGUUGACGAGAAAGCGUCAGGUCCCGGUUGGGCUCGUGCACAUGAAGUGGAAAGAAGUGCAGCAUUGCCACAUCUACUACAUAAAGAACAAUGGGAAAUGAAGAAAGAACUUAUCAGGAAACUUGGCCCUGGUUCAUAUGAAAUUAAAGAUUUUCUGGAAAACAGUGACUUAAAACCUCGCAGUGCUAGAGGCAUAUGUGAAACACGAGCUACAAGAUUUAAAGAAUUACUGAAUGAAAUACCAGGACCAGGAACCUAUGGUAAAGGUGGUAUCCCUCAUUCAGCCUGCGAGGAGAAGGCCCAACUUUCAACAUCUACUGUGGGUAUGCUAGAUGCUGGUUCAUCUACUCCUAGAAACCUACCCUCAGUUGGGUCAAAACUCGGACCAGGUACCUACAACUUUAAGAGUUUUGCUGAGCAGACAGUGAACAAAGUAACAAGUGUUCGAGGACCGUAUGAUCUGUUCUCAGGUGAUAGAAAUAAACCAAUUACAGUCGGCUAUCUAGCAGCACCAAAACUAGCCAAUCUGGGACCAGGGCAAUAUCAGUUAAAGUCAUUUGUAGAUGAUUGGGAAACUAUACACAGAAACAGACAGGGGAAAUUUGGGAAGGUAAAACAAUACCCAGAACAGCCAACAGACAGAGUGUUCUGCAGCACAUUGUCACAAUGUCCGAAAGAAGAGACACAACCUGGGCCCGGUCAGUAUGAGCCUAAAGAAUUAGUUAGACCAGGAUCAAAGAAAGCUCCUGGAUUCCUCUCCACAGCGCAGAGAAAUGAUAAACUCUCUCAAAAAUUCUUCACACAAAACUUUAACCCUGUGGGUCCAGGUCGCUAUGAUAUACAGAAAUAUGAGGAGGCCCAGCAUCGUAAUGGCAACAGCAGUGUGUUCCAAGCCAAGACAGGACGACUUUCUCUUGCCAUGGAAAAAUUCCUCAAAGAGCGUGUACGUGGCAAGGAUGUUCGUGUUGAAGAUCGUGUAUUCCUCGUAGAGCCUCAAGCACCUCCAGGGUACGACAUGUAUAGAUCUAAAACACAGGAGAACUUCACUAAACUCAAAGCUAUGACUAUUGCAUGAGACGUUUUAGAUAUUUUUUUGUGGUCAUUGCUCAAUAUAAUAUAUAUAUCAAAAGCAAAAAGCAAAUUUGGAGAAAAAAAAAACUUAUUUGUACCAUUUAGUUGCAUAAUGCUGGCAAAUAGAUCCCAUAGUAUGUUAUUAUAAAAAGUAUAAGAUA